CCCUCAGAAAUAACUCUCCCUGCUGAACAAAAGGACACAGCCCAUUUUUAUUUCUUCUUACUCCUCUUUCGUUCUCUCCUCAGUCCUUCCCUCACAUCACCGAUUCAGGAUUCACCAUUCUUUCUUUUUCUUCAUGGCUGCAGGUACCAAAGUAAACACUUCAAGCUAUGGGGUUUCGGAGCAGAGGUUGGUGGUGACAGCCAUGGUGGUGCUGCUGUGUGGGUUGUUGUGGUACGUAGUCUACGACGCCAUAAUGGUCCCGGCAGCCGAGCAGUUCAAGCGUUUCCUGGUGAUUUCACCGCUGCUCCUAGUUGUUGUGGUUCACUGGCUGUCCGCAGUGCCCCCGUCGAGCCGUUUUAGCUUCCCGGUGCCAGGGUCGGAACCAGGAGCCAUUCACAGAGCUGGGGGUUCGCCUUGGGGCGUAGCCUUUGUUCUUCUCCUCCUCUUCUUUCUUAUCUCUUACCAACCUUCCUUCUAUCGUUUAGUUUGA